AUGGCAUCCGAGAACUUAAACAAAGGGGGCCGUCGCCGGCGCGAAGCGGCUGCGGAAAGUUGCGGUGGCGGAUUUCCAAGGAGCGUGACCACGACCCGAGCUCUGGGCGAUCCAGCAUCACCACGCCUUCAAGGACGAAAAAAGUUUUACUACUCCAAGGGAAAACGAGUCAAUGUGUACCUAAGGAGGAGAGAAGAGAGCGAGCGAGGAAAGUGGACUGGGCCCCGCGCCCCGGCAGAGUUCGCGCUCGCCGAAGGACAGGAGGACGAGCAGGAGCCGGAGCGCCCCGGCAGCAAAGAACCCGGACGCAGGCCCGCGCCCCGCCCGAGGAGCCCCGCUGGAGCUAGCCGAGCGCGCCUGGGCUGGGGGGCGGCCACGACCCCCCCUGAAGGGGGCGACCACGGAGCGCUCCCCGAGAAGCGAGCCCCCUUCCCCAGAGCGCUGCUCCUGCUGCGGCUGCGGCGGCUGCUGACCAAGGCGCACCCGCACCCGCCGCACCCGCACCACGCGCAGGGGCCUCCGCACCACGGCGGCGGCGGCGCAGGGCCGGGACUCAACAGCCACGACCCGCAUUCGGACGAGGACACUCCGACGUCGGACGACCUGGAGCAGUUCGCCAAACAGUUCAAGCAGCGGCGCAUCAAGCUGGGCUUCACGCAGGCCGACGUGGGGCUGGCGCUGGGCACGCUGUACGGGAACGUGUUCUCGCAGACCACCAUCUGCCGCUUCGAGGCCCUGCAGCUGAGCUUCAAGAACAUGUGCAAGCUCAAGCCGCUGCUGAACAAGUGGCUGGAGGAGGCGGACUCGAGCACCGGCAGCCCCACCAGCAUCGACAAGAUCGCGGCUCAGGGCCGCAAGCGCAAGAAGCGGACCUCCAUCGAGGUGAGCGUCAAGGGCGCGCUCGAGAGCCACUUCCUCAAGUGCCCCAAGCCCUCCGCGCAGGAGAUCACCAACCUGGCGGACAGCCUGCAGCUCGAAAAGGAGGUGGUGCGGGUCUGGUUCUGCAACCGGCGCCAAAAGGAGAAACGCAUGACGCCUCCGGGGAUCCAACAGCAGACGCCGGACGACGUCUACUCGCAGGUGGGCAACGUGAGCGCUGACACGCCGCCGCCGCACCACGGGCUGCAGACCAGCGUGCAGUGA